CAUCAUACCACCUAAAUAUGGACGAUUCAAAGCAAGAAAGCAUCAAACAACCCAAAGAUGAUAACUCUAAACUUGUCAAAGAAUUUCAAAAAAUGAUAAAUGAGGAUGAGAAGUUAAAACAAUUCGCACAAGAGAAAUUCCCAGACAUGAUCGGCAAGGAAGCUGUUAAAGAAGAAACCCCUGCUGAUGAGAAGCCAGAAGGAGAUAAUGAGGAACAGAAGAAGGCGGAUAAGGACCUAGAGUCUAUUAUUGACAUGAGAAUACUUGAUAUGCUUCGUCUUUUAGAGGAGUACAGAAAGAAAUGAAUCCAUGUAGAUGAUGAUUAUGUAGAAGCUCAAAGAGCAGAAGAGAAAUUCAAGAAGACUUUAAAUAAAGCAACUAAGAAGCAAAGAGCUCAAAUUCAAAGUUUUCAAGAGAAAGAACUCAAGAGUAUUGAAGCGACUCAGAGGCAGCAGUUUGAAGAGUUCUCAAAAGCAUGGGAUGAAUAUAUGGCUGAUUAUGAAGCUACUGCUUUCCUCUCUCUUGAAAAGUUAAAAGAAAGACAGAUGAAAGAAUACGAAGAAUUUAAAGCUAAACAUGACAAAGAAGUCAAGAAGAAAAUGAAAUUUAGUAAAGAUAUUCUUGACCUCAGACACAAGCAGGAGAAGCUAAUUAAACUUCAACAAUACGAAAAAGCUGAAGAUCUUGGUGAGAAAGCAGACAGGCUGGAGAAAAAGGAAAGGCAAAAAAUUGAAAAGCAACUGAAGAAGCAAUGGGUAAACAGUAAAAACAAACUUAAAGCCAGUCAGGAAAAAGCCCUUACUGCCUUACUCAAGCGAAUUCAGAGAGAUAAGAAUGAGCAACUGAGGCAAAGACAUGAGGACUCUCAGAAAUUAAUUAAAAGAAAUAGAAACUUAGUGACUAACCUCCUUUAUAAGCAGAAUAUUGAGACUAAGAAAGUAAUCGACCAGGUAGAGCAAACUUUGAGAAUGACAAAAAUGGACAAGCUGUUUACUCCAGAUAUGUCAAGGUAUAAGACAGCUUUACCAUGCAAAAGGAAGAAAAUAAAAUAAUUCAAUCCUAAUUUAAACUUAA